CUGGGCAGCAGGGAGCCAGAGGAGGCUAAUUUUACUCGCUGGGAGCAGGAAGAGUAAUCCUCCACCCCCAGUCCUGUCCCCACCAGGCUGGCUCAGCAGGACAGGCUCAGCCGGACCCAGUUCCCAAGGUAGGGGAACAGGGAGAAGGCAGUGGGGUGGGGAAGCAGGGAAACAGGAGGUUGCUAGGGAAGCCAUGGAGCCGUCCUCACCCCAGGAUGAGAACCUGAGGAAGAAACAGCCCAAGAAGCCAGUUCCUGAGAUUCUGCCCAGGCCACCCCGGGCCUUGUUCUGUCUGACCCUGCAGAACCCCCUGAGGAAGGCCUGCAUCAACAUCGUGGAAUGGAAACCCUUCGAGACCAUCAUCUUGCUCACCAUCUUUGCCAACUGUGUGGCCCUGGCUGUGUACCUGCCCAUGCCGGAAGAUGACAACAACACCUUGAACCUUGGCCUGGAAAAACUGGAGUAUUUCUUCCUCGUCGUCUUUUCCAUUGAAGCGGCCAUGAAGAUCAUUGCCUAUGGCUUUCUAUUCCACCAAGACGCCUACCUGCGCAGUGGCUGGAAUGUGCUGGACUUCAUCAUUGUCUUCCUGGGGGUCUUCACUGCGAUUCUGGAACAGGUUAACGUCAUCCAGACCAACACGGCCCCCAUGAGCAACAAGGGAGCUGGCUUGGACGUCAAGGCCCUGAGAGCCUUCCGCGUGCUCAGACCCCUCCGGCUGGUGUCGGGAGUGCCCAGCCUGCAGGUGGUCCUCAACUCCAUCUUCAAGGCCAUGCUCCCGCUGUUCCACAUCGCCUUGCUCGUCCUCUUCAUGGUCAUCAUCUAUGCCAUCAUCGGGUUGGAGCUCUUCAAGGGCAAGAUGCACAAGACCUGCUAUUUCAUUGGGACGGAUAUUGUGGCCACAGUGGAAAAUGAGAAGCCGUCACCCUGUGCCAGGACAGGCUCAGGGCGCCCAUGUACCAUCAAUGGCAGCGAGUGCAGGGGUGGCUGGCCGGGGCCCAACCAUGGCAUCACCCACUUCGACAACUUCGGCUUCUCCAUGCUCACUGUGUACCAGUGCAUCACCAUGGAGAGCUGGACUGAUGUCCUUUACUGGGUCAACGAUGCUAUCGGGAACGAGUGGCCCUGGAUCUAUUUUGUCACCCUCAUUCUGCUGGGAUCCUUCUUCAUUCUCAACCUGGUGCUGGGCAUCCUGAGUGGGGAAUUCACCAAGGAGCGAGAAAAGGCCAAGUCCAGGGGAACCUUCCAGAAGCUCCGGGAGAAACAGCAGCUGGAGGAAGACCUCCGGGGCUACAUGAGCUGGAUCACACAGGGCGAAGUCAUGGAUGUGGAGGACCUGAGAGAAGGGAAGCUGUCUUUGGAUGAAGCAGGGUCUGACACAGAGAGCCUGUAUGAAAUAGAGGGCUUGAACAAAAUCAUCCAGUUCAUCCGGCACUGGAGGCAGUGGAACCGUGUCUUUCGCUGGAAAUGUCACGACAUAGUGAAAUCCAAGGUCUUCUACUGGCUGGUGAUCCUGAUCGUUGCCCUCAACACCCUGUCCAUCGCCUCGGAGCACCACAACCAGCCGCUCUGGUUGACCCAUUUGCAAGAUGUCGCCAACCGGGUGCUGCUGGUCCUCUUCACCAUCGAAAUGCUGAUAAAGAUGUACGGGCUGGGCCUGCGCCAGUACUUCAUGUCCAUCUUCAACCGCUUCGACUGCUUCGUGGUGUGCAGCGGGAUCCUGGAGAUCCUGCUGGUGGAGUCGGGCGCCAUGACGCCCCUGGGCAUCUCCGUGCUGCGCUGCAUCCGCCUGCUGCGGAUCUUCAAGAUCACCAAGUACUGGACAUCACUAAGCAACCUGGUAGCUUCCCUGCUUAACUCCAUCCGCUCCAUCGCCUCCCUGCUGCUGCUGCUGUUCCUCUUCAUCACCAUCUUCGCCCUGCUGGGCAUGCAGCUCUUUGGGGGCAGGUACGACUUUGAGGACACGGAGGUGCGGCGCAGCAACUUUGACAACUUCCCGCAGGCCCUCAUCAGUGUCUUCCAGGUCCUGACGGGAGAAGAUUGGACCUCUGUGAUGUACAAUGGCAUCAUGGCCUAUGGAGGGCCAACCUACCCAGGCGUGCUUGUGUGCAUUUAUUUCAUCAUACUUUUUGUGUGUGGUAACUACAUCCUGCUCAACGUCUUCCUGGCCAUUGCUGUGGAUAACCUGGCUGAGGCAGAGAGCCUGACUUCUGCCCAGAAGGCCAAGGCUGAGGAGAGGAAACGUAGGAAGAUGUCCAGGGGUCUCCCAGAGAAGUCUGAGGAAGAGAAGGCUACAAUGGCCAAGAAGCUAGAGCAGAAACCCAAGGGGGAAGGCAUCCCUACCACUGCCAAGCUGAAAAUCGAUGAGUUUGAAUCCAACGUCAAUGAGGUGAAGGACCCCUACCCUUCAGCUGACUUCCCAGGGGAUGACGAGGAAGAUGAACCUGAGAUUCCAGUGAGCCCCCGGCCACGCCCCCUGGCUGAGCUGCAGCUGAAAGAGAAAGCAGUGCCCAUUCCGGAAGCCAGCUCCUUCUUCAUCUUCAGCCCCACCAAUAAGAUCCGUGUCCUGUGUCACCGCAUCGUCAACGCCACUUGGUUCACCAACUUCAUCCUGCUCUUCAUCCUGCUCAGCAGUGCUGCGCUAGCUGCCGAGGACCCUAUCCGUGCGGAAUCCACAAGGAACCAGAUCCUCGGGUAUUUUGACAUUGCAUUCACCUCUGUCUUCACCGUGGAGAUUGUCCUCAAGAUGACCACCUACGGUGCCUUCUUGCACAAGGGCUCCUUCUGCCGCAACUACUUCAACAUCCUGGACCUGCUGGUGGUGGCCGUGUCCCUCAUUUCCAUGGGGCUUGAGUCCAGCGCCAUCUCAGUGGUGAAGAUCCUGAGGGUGCUCAGGGUGCUUCGGCCACUCCGAGCCAUCAACAGGGCCAAAGGGCUAAAGCAUGUGGUACAGUGCGUGUUCGUGGCUAUCCGCACCAUUGGGAACAUUGUCCUGGUCACCACACUCCUGCAGUUCAUGUUUGCUUGCAUUGGAGUCCAGCUCUUCAAGGGAAAGUUCUUCAGCUGCAAUGACUUAUCCAAGAUGACAGAAGAGGAGUGCAAGGGUUUCUACUACGUGUACAAGGAUGGGGACCCCACCCAGAUAGAACUGCGUCCCCGACAGUGGCUACACAACGACUUCCACUUUGACAACGUGCUCUCAGCCAUGAUGUCACUCUUCACAGUUUCAACCUUCGAAGGAUGGCCUCAGCUGCUGUACAAGGCCAUAGAUGCAAAUGAGGAGGACGUGGGCCCCAUCUACAACAACCGAGUGGAGAUGGCCAUCUUCUUCAUCAUUUACAUCAUCCUCAUUGCCUUCUUCAUGAUGAACAUCUUUGUGGGCUUUGUCAUCGUCACUUUCCAGGAGCAGGGCGAGACCGAGUACAAGAACUGUGAGCUGGACAAGAACCAGCGCCAAUGUGUGCAGUAUGCCCUGAAGGCCCGCCCACUGAGGUGCUACAUCCCCAAAAACCCGUACCAGUAUCAGGUGUGGUACAUCGUCACCUCCUCCUACUUUGAAUACCUGAUGUUUGCACUCAUCAUGCUCAACACCAUCUGCCUGGGCAUGCAGCACUACAACCAGUCAGAGCAGAUGAACCACAUCUCAGACAUCCUCAACGUGGCCUUCACCAUCAUCUUCACCCUGGAGAUGAUCCUCAAGCUUAUGGCCUUUAAAGCUCGGGGCUAUUUUGGAGACCCCUGGAAUGUGUUUGACUUCCUGAUUGUCAUUGGCAGCAUUAUUGAUGUCAUCCUUAGUGAGAUCGAUACUUUCCUGGCCUCCAGCGGGGGACUGUAUUGCCUGGGUGGAGGCUGCGGGAACGUUGACCCAGAUGAGAGUGCCCGCAUCUCCAGUGCCUUCUUCCGCCUGUUCCGGGUCAUGAGGCUGAUCAAGCUGCUGAGCCGGGCAGAGGGAGUGCGCACCCUGCUGUGGACGUUCAUCAAAUCCUUCCAGGCCCUGCCAUAUGUGGCUCUCCUCAUUGUCAUGCUUUUCUUCAUCUACGCUGUCAUCGGCAUGCAGAUGUUUGGAAAGAUUGCUAUGGUGGACGGAACCCAAAUAAACCGGAACAACAACUUCCAGACCUUCCCCCAGGCUGUGCUGCUGCUUUUCAGGUGUGCAACUGGUGAGGCUUGGCAGGAGAUCUUGCUGGCCUGCAGCUAUGGGAAGCUGUGUGACCCAGAGUCAGACUACGCCCCGGGUGAGGAGUAUACAUGCGGCACCAACUUCGCCUACUACUACUUCAUCAGCUUCUACAUGCUCUGCGCCUUCCUGAUCAUCAACCUCUUUGUGGCUGUCAUUAUGGACAACUUUGACUACCUCACACGGGACUGGUCCAUCCUGGGCCCUCAUCACCUGGAUGAGUUCAAGGCCAUCUGGGCUGAGUAUGACCCAGAGGCAAAGGGGAGAAUCAAGCACCUGGAUGUGGUGACCCUGCUGAGGAGGAUCCAGCCCCCUCUGGGCUUUGGGAAGUUCUGCCCACACAGGGUAGCAUGUAAGCGGCUGGUGGGAAUGAACAUGCCCCUGAAUAGCGACGGCACGGUUACCUUCAAUGCCACACUCUUCGCCCUGGUGCGCACAGCCCUCAAGAUCAAGACAGAAGGUAACUUUGAGCAGGCAAACGAGGAGCUGCGGGCCAUCAUCAAGAAGAUCUGGAAGAGAACCAGCAUGAAACUUCUGGACCAGGUCAUCCCUCCAAUAGGAGAUGAUGAGGUGACAGUGGGAAAGUUCUACGCCACAUUCCUCAUCCAGGAGCACUUCCGGAAGUUCAUGAAGCGCCAAGAGGAAUAUUAUGGGUAUCGGCCCAAGAAGGACACUGUACAGAUCCAGGCUGGACUGCGGACCAUAGAGGAAGAGGCAGCCCCUGAGAUCCACCGUACCAUCUCUGGAGACCUGACUGCCGAGGAGGAGCUGGAGAGAGCUAUGGUGGAAGCUGCUAUGGAGGAGGGAAUAUUCCGGAGGACCGGAGGCCUGUUUGGCCAAGUGGACAACUUCCUGGAAAGGACUAACUCCCUGCCCCCUAUCAUGGCCAACCAGAGACCCCUCCAGUUUACUGAAAUAGAGAUGGAGGAACUGGAGUCACCUGUCUUCUUAGAAGACUUCCCUCAUGAUCCAAGAACCAACCCUCUUGCUCAUGCCAAUGCCAACAAUGCCAAUGCCAAUGUUGCUUAUGGCAACAGCAACCAUAGCAACAGUCAGGCAUUUUCCAGUGUCCACUAUGAAAGGGAAUUUCCAGAAGAGACAGAGACACCUACAGCCAGAGGAGGAGCCUUUGGCCAAGCCUGCAGGGCACUGGGAGCCCAAAACAAACCUCAUGUGGAAAAGUUGAGAGGACAGCAGGCCCAGAGGAGAACGCCUGGAAGCCAGAUACUUCCCACCCCCUGCCAGCACUCCAGGGUGGAGCCUUCUAUGGGCCAGGAGAGGAGCUCCACGGCGGAGUCUCUGCAGGAGGAAGCUCACCAUAGCAGGAGCUCCCGGGAAGGCACUGCCAGGUGCCAGGCUCCAGCUACCACCCUGCUGAUUCAGGAGGCUUUGGUUCGAGGGGGCCUGGGCUCCUUGGCAGCUGAUGUUAACUUCGUCAUGGCAACAGGCCAGGCCCUGGCAGAUGCCUGCCAGAUGGAACCAGAAGAAGUGGAAGUGGCAGCUACAGAGCUACUGAAAGAACGAGAGUCCCCAGAGGGUAUGGCCAGUGCCCUGGUCGUUGGGUCCUCCCUUGAAAGCCUUGACCAGUAUCAGGGCUCCCAGGAGACCCUCAUUCCUCCCAAAUUAUGAGGACCUGCACAGAGGUCAGCCUGGCUCAGGGGACAGACCACCAGAGUGGAGAAGGGUCAGCUCAAUAAUGCCACCUCCCUCCUUUCAGCAGCCAGGUGCAUGGGCUGCCUCAAAAAGUCAGGAGGAAGUGGGCAGGCAGCACAGCCCCCCCAGCAACUCCUAACACGAAGCAUGAUUGCAUGGAGCUUCAGAUGUCAUUCUAAAAGCCCUGGUCAGUGCCAAUAUCUGUCACAGAUCACUGCCACCAGAGGGACAUUAAAGUCUCCAAGCCUGUGACA